CAUAAAUCUUCAACCAUAGGAAUAAAAACAAAUUAAUGGGAACUAUGAGCAUAUACAGUAUUUCAAGUUCUGUAUUUGUGUGUGUUCUUUUCAGCAUCAUCAUCAUCAAGCUCUUUACAAAGCUAUGGCUGACUCCCAUGAGGAUCCAACGGUUCAUGAGGUCUCAGGGGAUCCAAGGCCCUUCUUACAACUUCAUCUAAGGCAACACCAGAGAGAUGUACACUAAAAGAAUCCACGCCAUGGCCACCCACAUGGACAUUUCUCAUCACAUCCUCCCUCGAGUUCUCCCUCAUAUUCACUCGUGGCUCGACCGCUACGGGAAGAACUUCCUUCAGUGGUUUGGUGUGGAUGCUCAGCUGAUCAUUACAGAGCCUGAGUUGAUCAGGGACGUGCUUCAUGACAAACAAAAAAAUUUCCCAAAAGCAAAACUGCAUGGCUUCAUACACAAAAUUUUCGGAAAUGGUCUUGUCACGGCCGAGGGUGAAACAUGGGCCAAGUCCCGCAAAAUAGCCCAUUUUGCUUUCCAUGGAGACAGCUGGAAAGCCUCAAGAACAUGAUUCCAGUGAUGAUCGGUUGUGCUGAGACGAUGAUAGAAGAAUGGAAGCAUUAUGAAGGCAAAGAGGUCGAUGUAUUUGAACAUUUUAAGAUGUACACAUUGGACGUCAUUUCACAUACAGCUUUCGGAAGCAGUUAUAAACAAGGAAAGAAUAUCUUCCAAAUGCUUCAGAAGCUAUGGGACCUAUCAGUAAAAAAUGGAUACAAAGUUAGGCCACCAAGAAUCAGUAAGAUUUUGAAAUCGAAAGACGAUAUUGAAGGAGAGUGUCUCGAGAAGAGCAUGAAGGAUUGCUUCAUGGAAAUAAUCCAAACCAGAGAAGCAAAGUUGAUGAAUGGUGAAGCAGAAGACUAUGGCAAUGACUUUCUUGGAUUGCUUGUGAAGGCAAAGAAUGAGGCAGAAGAAUCCCACAGGAUUUCAAUGGAUGAUGUUGUGGACGAAUGCAAGACAUUUUACUUUGCUGGCCAUGAGACCACCAACGUUUUACUGGCUUGGACCAUGUUUCUUCUGGCCUUGCAUAAGCAAUGGCAAGACAAAGCAAGAAAUGAGGUACUCAAAAUAUUUGGAGACAAGAAUCCAACAUCAGAAGGCCUUCCUAAAAACGAUGACGAUGAUCAUCAACGAAUCUCUGAGGCUGUACCCUCUAGCCAUGACAUUAUCACGACAAGUGGAGAAAGAAGUGAGAUUGGGGAGCCUCGUGCUUCCCAGUCGAAUUCGGAUCGCCAUCCCAACGCUUGCAGCUCACCAUGACACCGAGUUUUGGGGCGAAGAUGCACAUGUUUUCAAACCAGAAAGAUUUUCGGGAGGAGUCGCGAAAGCCACAGAAAACAACCUAGCUGGAUA